GUGAGCAAGAUUGGCGUGAUAUUGCAAAAGACUUUUAUCAGAUGUGGGGAUUCCCGAACUGCAUCGGCGCUUUAGAUGGAAAGCAUUGCAGAAUACUGCCAGUGAGGAAAGCAGGAUCUACGUAUUUCAAUUACAAAGGAUACCAUUCAUUUGUAUUGAUGGCAAUCGCUGAUGCCCACUAUCGUUUUAUUUAUGCUGAUGUCGGUGUUAAUGGGAGAGUGGGUGAUGCUGGAAUUUGGUUGAACUCGGACCUGAAAUACGCUAUUGAAAAAAAUGAAGUACAUAUACCAGCCCCAUGCACGCUCCCUUUCAUGUCAACUCCCUCGCCUUUUGUGCUUUUAGCCGAUGAUGCCUUUGCUCUAAAAGACUACUUAAUGAAACCUUACUCUCAUCUAAGACUAUCACCAAGCGAACUUAAAUACAACAACAUACUUUCGAGGAACAGGCGCGUUGUUGAAAAUGCUUUUGGCAUUCUUGCGAACCGUUUUCGAGUUUUAUUUUCACCCAUCCAUCGCGCUCCAGCUGCAGCCAUUCAGAUUGUAUUAUCUUGCGUAUGUGUGCACAACUUUUUAAGAACAGAAAAUGUGAAAAAGAAAACUACGUUUGACGCCAUUUCCGAAAGUGAAAUAGAUGCAAUAAUAGAUAACAACUAUACAACAACCGCUUCUGAAAGAAAUGCGUCAAAAAGGAGCGCUGAAGAAAUAAGAAAAACUUUCGAAAACUAUUUUUCUGCGGUAAAUUAAAAUAUCGUUUCAUUGUUUAAAUAAACCAAAACUUUUCGUGUUGGAAAUUUUCCAUACUAGUAGAAGCAACAAUUGGUUUAUUUGGUGAUUAAAUAAAUGAGUACAAUGUCUUCAAUUUAUGUACAUACCUACUAGCUAAUACCUGCCUACUUAGCGGUGCACCGUGAGUAGUACAAACACUGUUACAUUUUUGAUUCAAUUAGAGCAACCAAAUAUUUUAAUGAAA